AUGUUGUUUGCGGACCUGCCGGCGAAGCAGAUGGCCAAACUUGAAAUCUAUACCUUUGGGUCAGCCGCAGACCAUUUCAAUAAUCCCUUGAACGACACUGGGACCGGAGGAGUGAUCAGGCACAUCGAACACUAUGUCAAUAAGAAUGACCCCGUUCCUCAGUGGGGGGUUCUACGUAGUAUAAGUAACCCCAAGAACAAGUAUGCUGGACGGGUGUUCAUCUGCGGGGAUGGCCACGGGCACUUGUUUAACCAGCACUAUUUGUCGCAGAUGUUUCCCCUGGGAGCAGAAAUAUCACCUAGCAGGGCAUGCUUCGUCAACCACACUGUUUCGGUCGACAAAAGGGUCUCGGAGGCUCGCCACCGAUUUGUCUGCCAGGAGGCUAACAAGUUGACUCCCAACGAGGACGGCCCUUCGAGCCCAAGUGGGACCGCAGCCAGGGGAGCGAUUGGCUUUUUAACGGGGAUGCUAGUCAGGGAAGUGAGCAGGCUGAGCCAGUAUAUGGCAGGGAGGGAGCCAGAUGCUGACCAUCCACCAGAAAUGCGAGACAGUGAAAGGUUGGCCACCCCAUCCAGAUAA